CCUCCCACCAAGUUGGAUUCUUUAUUUAAUUUCCAUUUUUUGUUCUGCUCCUUUCUUGUCCGCCUUUUCUUCUGGUACUUCCUAGAACUAACCUUACACCACAAACACCUCUCUUUCUCUGCAAAACGGGAAAUCACUUUCGUCUUUCAGAAUUUCCAUUUUUUUUGGUGUUAGAAAUGCGAAGUUUUACGUUCUACGAGAGAUUUUCUAGAGCUUUCCAUGAUUAUCCUUCUCUUUCUAAGCUGAUUAUCAUCUCCACCGUCAGUGGGGGUGGCCUUAUUGCUUAUUCCGAGGCUAAUGCAUCAAGUGAUGCAUAUAAAGCUGCUCCAAUGGAAACGGGAAUCAAGAAAAAGAAGGUGGUGGUACUUGGAACUGGUUGGGCAGGAACUAGUUUCUUGAAGAGUCUCAACAAUCCCUCAUACGAUGUUCAAGUGAUAUCGCCUCGUAAUUACUUUGCAUUCACGCCGUUGCUGCCAAGUGUUACAUGUGGUACUGUGGAAGCUCGCAGCAUUGUUGAACCUGUUCGUAACAUAGUCAGGAAGAAAAAUGUUGACGUCUCUUUCUGGGAAGCUGAAUGUUUCAAGAUUGAUGCACAAAAUAAGAAAGUUUAUUGUCGAUCUAAUCAAAACACCAGCGUGAAUGGAAAUAAAGAAUUUGCUGUGGACUAUGACUACCUUGUAAUUGCAAUGGGAGCUCGUCCUAACACAUUCAAUACGCCUGGUGUUGAGGAGAAUUGCCAUUUCCUAAAAGAAGUUGAAGAUGCUCAGAGAAUCCGCAGGACUGUUAUAGAUUCAUUUGAGAAAGCAAGCCUUCCUGAUCUAAGUGAUGAAGAGAGGAAGAGAAUUCUUCAUUUUGUGGUAGUUGGUGGUGGACCAACUGGGGUGGAGUUUGCUGCAGAGCUUCAUGAUUUUGUAAGUGAGGAUUUGGUGAAGCUAUAUCCAAUGGUCAAAGAAUCAGUUAAAAUAACCCUUCUCGAGGCAGCAGAUCAUAUUCUUAACAUGUUUGACCAAAGAAUCACUGUUUUUGCUGAAGAUAAGUUCCAAAGAGAUGGAAUUGAUGUGAAACUAGGAUCCAUGGUUGUUAAAGUAACUGAUAAAGAAAUUUCUACCAAAGUAAGAGGAAAUGGGGAAACUAAUUCUAUGCCAUAUGGAAUGGUUGUCUGGUCGACAGGCAUUGGAACUCGUCCUAUUGUAAAGGAUUUCAUGAAGCAAAUUGGUCAGACAAAUAGGCGUGCUUUGGCUACUGAUGAAUGGCUGCGAGUUGAGGGAUGUGAUAAUGUUUAUGCACUUGGUGAUUGUGCAACAAUUAACCAGCGCAGAGUCAUGGAAGAUAUCGCAGCAAUAUUUAGUAAGGCAGACAAGGACAAUUCUGGAACUCUUACGGUAAAAGAAUUCCAAGAAGUCAUUAAGGACAUUUGUGAAAGAUACCCUCAAAUGGAGCUUUACUUGAAGAACAAAAAGAUGGGAAAUAUUGCUGAUAUGUUGAAGGAGGCCAAAGGGGACCUUGCCAAAGAAGCCAUUGAACUGAAUAUCGAAGAAUUUAAAAAGGCUCUUUCUGAAGUGGAUACUCAGAUGAAAAAUCUACCAGCAACAGCACAGGUCGCAGCUCAGCAAGGUGUCUAUCUUGCCAAGUGUUUUAACCGAAUGGAAGAAUGUGAAAGAAAUCCAGAAGGACCUCUCAGGUUCAGGGGAUCAGGCCGCCAUCGGUUUCAGCCAUUUAGGUAUAAACAUUUAGGACAAUUUGCUCCAUUGGGAGGGGAACAAACUGCAGCACAACUUCCUGGGGAUUGGGUUUCUAUAGGCCAAAGUUCCCAGUGGCUUUGGUAUUCAGUCUAUGCAAGUAAGCUUGUGAGCUGGCGCACAAGGACACUGGUGAUAACCGACUGGAUGAGGCGUUUUGUUUUUGGAAGAGAUUCAAGCGGCAUUUGAGUUGAGCCACAGCCGCACAGCUUACAACUACUGCUCCAAGAGUUUCUGAUUGGCUGAGUCAAAAGCAACUUUUGUCAACCACACUUACUAUUUGGAAAAAGAAAUUCUCUUUUUUUUAUUUGUUAUAUAAUAAUUCACAAGUUUAGCCCCCUUGGUAGUUUUGCUAUUUACCAGAACUUUUGGGGUCAAUUGUUCUAAUUAUUUUUUUAC